AUGGAGAUCGAUCUGAUGCUGCUGAUGCCGCUGGUGGCCAUCCUUGCCGCCGUUUAUUUCUACAUCACGAAAGAUAACAAAUACUUCCACGAGAAGCCCAUUCCGUCGAUGGCGGUGGAACCGCUGUUUGGAAGCUCCCGCCGAUUGAUGUUGAAGAAGACGUCCUUUCACGAGUUCAUCGUCGACAUCUACAACAAGUUUCCGCUGGUGAAAGUGUUCGGCAUGAUGGAUAUUACAACGCGCGUGUUCGUUGUGCGGGAUCCGGAGCUGAUCAAGCGCAUCGGUGUGAAGGAUUUCGACUACUUUGUAAACCACCGGCCGGUAUUCGGUAACAGCGAGGACACCCAUACCACGGCUCUGUUCGGCAAAACACUGAUCGCCCUCAACGACCAGCGAUGGCGAGACAUGCGGGCCACACUCAGCCCAGCCUUUACCGGAAGCAAGAUGCGCCAGAUGUUCGACCUGAUCGUUGAGUGCAGCACCAACAUGGUGAAGUACUACCGGAAUGAGAUUCGCACCGCCGGCGGCACGAAGGAACAAGAGAUGAAGGACGUGUUUACGCGCUUCGCCAACGAUGUGAUUGCGACGUGCGCCUUCGGUAUUAAGGUGGACUCACUACGUAACGCCGAUAACGAUUUUUAUCUCAACGGCAAGAAGAUGAUGAUGUUCAACCGUCCGAUCGUGAUGGUGAAGCUGAUCGCGUUCCGGGUGGUACCGAAGCUGAUGAGCUGGCUCAAUAUUGAUUUGUUUGAUAGGGAGCAGAGCGCAUACUUCACCGAGAUCAUCCGGGAUACGGUGCGGACUCGAGACGCCCACGGUAUCGUUCGGCCAGACAUGGUCAAUCUGCUCAUGCAGGCACGCAAGGGCGCUCUCAAGCAACAACGCGAAACAGAAGAUCGAGAAGAGGUGAAGGGCUUCGCCACCGUCGAGGAGUCGGAAGUGGGUCGACAACAACCGAGUAAGGGCAUCCCGAUGACGGAGCUGGAAAUGGUGGCCCAAUGUUUGAUAUUCUUCCUCGCUGGGUUCGACACCGUCUCCACCUGCUUGACAUUCCUUGCAUACGAACUCACGGUCAACCGCGAGGUACAGGAUCGGCUCUACGAGGAGAUCCGUGCGACAAGUGAGUCUCUCGGUGGAGGUCCUCUGACGUAUGACGCUGUACAAGGCAUGCAGUACAUGGAUAUGGUGGUGUCGGAAGCGCUGCGUAUGUGGCCACCGGCUCCAUCCACGGAUCGGCUUUGCGUGCGUGAUUACGUUGUGGACGAUGGCGAUCGGCUUAAGUUCACCAUGGACAAGGGCACCUCGGUGUUUAUUCCGAUCUCUGGACUGCACCACGACCCGCAGUACUUCCCGAACCCAAGCAAAUUCGAUCCGGAGCGCUUUAGUGAGGCGAACCGGGAAAAGAUUAACCCGAGCACAUAUCUGCCGUUCGGUAUCGGACCGCGGAAUUGCAUCGGAUCGCGUUUCGCCCUCAUGGAAGUUAAGUCCAUUAUCUAUUACAUGCUGCAAGAGUUUUCGUUCGAGCGUACUCCAAACACUCAGGUGCCGCUUCGUCUUGCAAAGGGCUUUGCCGGAAUGCGCAGUGAAAAGGGUGUGUUCGUGGAGUUCCGGCCACGGAAGUGAUUAUAUGUACCGCUAGUGUAGCGUCUAAGAGUAUUCAGUAAUGCUGUGAAGGCACACUAUUUAGAGCACCUGUAUUUCAUUUUU